AUGACCUCGUCGACUUCUUCCGCUCCCGGACCAUUGACCGUUCUCGUGUCGACGAGAGCGGUGCUCACUCUGCCAGAUGACAGCCUCGUGCUCACUCCAGCUACCAUAUCAGUCUCGCCCACUACCGGCAAGAUAGUCGCCAUUGUCCCUACAGUCCUUCCCAAAACCUCGUUUCCGUCGACCGCGACGUACAUCAACUAUGGCUCCAAGCUCCUGAUCCCAGGCUUGGUCGACGCGCACGUUCACCUCAACGAGCCGGGCCGAACGGAAUGGGAAGGCUUCAACACCGGUACGCGGGCAGCCGCCUCGGGUGGCGUAACGACAGUCAUUGAUAUGCCGCUGAAUGCGAUCCCACCCACAACCACGCUGGCGGGCUUCAAGGAGAAGUUGGUCGCCAGUCAGGGCCAAUGCUGGGUCGACGUUGGAUUCUAUGGUGGCGUGAUCCCUGGAAACGCGGAGGAGCUGCUUCCUCUAGUCGAGGCGGGGGUGCGAGGCUUCAAGGGUUUCCUGAUCGAGUCGGGGGUCGAUGAGUUCCCCGCCAUCUCCUCGGACGACAUCGCGCUCGCCAUGACGAAGUUGAAUGGCACACCGACCACCUUCAUGUUCCACGCCGAGAUGAUCCCGCCCAUUACUGAUUCCGUUGGCGACGCCGUCCAAACAUCCGCACCGCCCUUGGCGCCUCACGGAGACCUCAAGGCCUACCAGACUUUCCUCGAAUCGCGGCCGCCGGCCUUUGAAACCUACGCCAUUGACCAGAUCAUCUCGCUCGCCCACCUCGCGCCGAGUUUACACCUACACAUUGUGCAUCUGUCGGCAACGCAGGCUAUACCGAUUCUCAAGGCCGCGCGGGAGAACGGCGUCGACAUCACGGCCGAGACCUGCUUCCACUACCUCGGUCUGGCAGCCGAGGGCGUGGAGGAUGGAGACUGCCGAUACAAGUGCUGCCCCCCGAUCCGGGAACAGCUGAACCAGGAUGGGCUGUGGGAAGAGCUUCAGGCGCCGGACUCAUGCAUCAAGACUGUCGUGUCGGACCACUCGCCCUGCACACCCGAGCUCAAGCUGCUCCCCCAACACCUCCAGCCCGCAGUGGCAGCGCCCAAUAUGCAUCACUCCGACUCGGGAAUCGACAUGACCGCGGACAAACUGCUCGAAGCGAAGCAGGCGGCGGAGUCGCAGGGCGACUUCUUUGCUGCGUGGGGCGGCAUCUCGUCGGUUGGCCUCGGGCUGCCCAUCCUGCACACGGCGUCGAAGAAGCGCAUCGCGGCCGGAGGCGCGUCCGCAGCGCCCAGCAUCGUCGACAUGGUGCGGCUGUGCUGUGCAGCGACGGCGAAGCAGGUCGGCCUGUCGCACCGCAAGGGCGCGCUUCGGGUCGGCAUGGACGCCGACGUGUGCGUGUUCGACGAGGCCGAAGAAUGGACGCUGAGGUCGGCGGGCAUGCACUGGAAGAACCGCUGCUCGCCGUGGGACGGGCACCAGUUCAGCGGGCGCGUCAAGGAGACGUGGCUGCGUGGCCGCAAGGUCUACGAGCACGGCGGGAGUAAUGGUGGGUUCGUGAGCGAGGGGCCGCUGGGCGAGGCUAUUGUCGAGAGGAGGAUGGCGUGA